AUGAUCUCAUAUCUACGAAGUCAAAUGAUACGGAUUGAAAAAUGCAUUCGCAGGGUCAGAGUCAAACGGUCGAGACGAGAUGCUUGUUCUCUGAACAGCAAGUUUAAAUUGGCGUCGAAAGAGGGAUCUCGUGCUCGUUUCUGUUUUGAUGCUCGUUCGAUUUGCUUCCACUUCUUCCUGACCCGUUUCGACCCCGUUUCUCCCUCUAUCUCAAAUCCCACUCAACAAAACUUGGUUUUCGGAAGAUCAGAAGAUGUGCUGAGUCCCGCGUUGGCGCUUCCUUCUCCA